CCUUGUCCUCCUAUCGCUCCCGUUCAUUCUCUUUGCAUUCAAUCGGUUACGUCUUUUGCUGGUAGAUGCAUUUGAAGAUUUUAAUAGUUUUAUUUCAGAAACACGUAGUAUUGGUGACGGAAAGUACACAUUUUAAAUCACUGUGAGCAGGAUUUUCAAUGACACCCUUAGGACAUUUUUACAAGAUUUGAAAAACGUGAUGGUGCACUUUUAAAAGACACUUUGUGAAGCUCCCAGGAUUCUCGAGCCUUGCCUACUGGCUUUUAAGGAUGGCACAAUAACUGUUCCAGUGAUGCCUGACCAUGUCAACACAGCCCUCCUAAACAGACAAACCAAGAAAAGAAGAGUUGACAUCGGGGUGAAAAGGACUGUAGGGACAGCAUCUGCAGUUUUCGCCCGGGCAAAAGCAACCAUAUUCAGUGCCAUGAAUCCCCACGGUUCGGAGCAGGACGUUGAGUGCUCUGUGAUGCCACACGGCGACGGCGAGAAAUCCAAUGUGCUCCGCAAGCUCCUAAAGAGGGCCAACUCGUACGAGGACGCCAUGAUGCCCUUUCCGGGCGCCACCAUCAUCUCACAGCUGCUGAAGAACAACAUCAACAAGAACGGCGGCAGUGAGAACGGCAACUUCCAGGGCAGCGGUCUCUCCAGCACGGGCUCCGAGGCCCACCAGGAGGACGCCUGCAGCAACUCGUCACGCGAGAGCCCACAGGAGUGCCUGUCACCGUUCGGCCGGCCCACAAUGACACAGUUCGACAUCGAGCGGCUGACGGACGAGCACCUGCGGGCCAAGCGCGCCCGCGUGGAGAACAUCAUCCGUGGCAUGAGCCACUCGCCCAGCGUGACACUGCGCGGGGCCGGCGAGGGUGAGCGCGACCGCGAGCGCGACCGCGAUCGCGACCGUGAUCGAGAGCGCGAGCGCGAGAGAGAGCGCGAGCGUGAACGCGAGGGGCCCCAGCAGCAGCAGCAGCCGCCCAGCCCGCGCGAGAGCUACCGAGAGAACAAGCGCAAGCAGAAGCUGCCCCAGCAGCAGCAGCAGAGCUUCCAGCAGCUGGUGUCGGCCCGCAAGGAGCAGAAGCACGAGGAGCGCCGGCAGCUGAAGCUGCAGCUGGAGGACAUGCAGAAGCAGCUCAGGCAGCUUCAGGAGAAGUUCUACCAGAUCUACGACAGCACCGACUCGGAGAACGAUGAGAAUGAUGGCAACCUGUCGGAGGACAGCAUGCGCUCCGACGGCGGCCUGGAGAACCGCGCCCGGCUCGACGACUCUGUCCCGGACCGGUCCGACAACGAGAUGUCCGACCUGGACCCGGGGCACUUUCUGGAUCGGGCCCGGGCGCUGAUCCGCGAGCAGACCAUGAUCGCAGAGAGGAGGGACAAGGCCAAAGGAGAUGGCCCCCGGGGGAAGGGCCAGGGGCCCCAGUCCAUGCAUGCUGAGGGCAAGCACCUGGCAGAGACUCUGAAGCAGGAGCUGAACACAGCCAUGUCCCAGGUGGUCGACACGGUGGUGAAGGUGUUCGCCAAGCCGCCCCGCCCCGUGCCUCAGGUGUUCCCACCCCUGCAGAUGCCCCCGGACCGCUUCGCUGUCAACGGGGACAACCACCCCAACUUCCACACGGCCAACCAGCGCCUGCAGUGCUUCGGUGACGUCAUCAUUCCCAACCCGCUCGACUCCUUUGCCGGAAUGCCCAUGCCCGGAGCCCACGACCAGACGGAGGCCCUGCCCCUGGUUGUGCGUAAGAACUCCUCGGACCACUCCUCAUCCUCCCUGCCCCCCCCUGGGCCGCACCACCACCCCUCUCUGCACCCGUCUCCGCUCACAGCCACCAUGGGUUUCAGCCCCCCCUCGUUCCGGCACCCGUUCCCCCUUCCCCUCAUGGGCUACCCCUUCCAGAGUCCCUUGGGCCCCCCCUCGGGCUAUCCAGGCAAGGACAGGUCUUCCCCGGAGUCACUCGACCUCUCCCGGGAGACCACCAGCCUACGGACCAAGAUGUCGUCCAACCACCACAUGAACCACCACCGCUCCAUGUCGCCCACGCACCCGGGAAGCACUGCCGAGGGCUUGUCCCUCUCGCUCAUCAAGUCCGAGUGCGGAGACCUCCAGGACAUGUCCGACAUCUCACCGUACUCAGGGAGCGCAUUCCAAAUUCAGGAAGGCUUGUCCCCAAACCACUUGAAAAAGGCCAAGCUGAUGUUCUUCUACACACGCUACCCCAGCUCCAACAUGCUGAAGAUGUUCUUCUCUGACGUGAAGUUGUCAUGCUGGCUGGGGCCUGCACGUUCUCAUGAGCUCAGAAAGAACCCCCAGUUUAACAGGUGCAUCACCUCACAGCUGAUCAAAUGGUUCAGCAACUUCCGCGAAUUCUACUACAUCCAGAUGGAGAAGUUCGCCCGGCAGUCCAUCAACGAUGGCGUGACCGGGGCCGAGGAGAUGAGCGUCAGCCGCGACUGUGAGCUCUUCCGUGCUCUCAACAUGCACUACAACAAGGCCAAUGACUUUGAGGUUCCGGAGCGGUUCCUGGAAGUGGCGCAGAUCACGUUACGGGAGUUUUUCAAUGCCAUUGUGGCAGGCAAAGACGUUGAUCCUUCCUGGAAGAAGGCCAUAUACAAGGUCAUCUGCAAACUGGACAGUGAGGUCCCGGAGAUUUUCAAAUCACCCAACUGUCUACAGGAGCUCCUGCACGAGUAAUGAAAAAAAAAUCCCAUUUUUUCCCCCGUUCACUCACACCACACCAACACCAACCCGACAACCUCACAGCUCACACCCUCCACCACCCCUUGUUGUUAUGAAGUACGAAGUAGCGCCACUAUUUUGAAAACCCCUUGGCUACUCUCUUGGACGAUUUAGCUGUUCAUAUACAUAUUUUCUUUUUUUUCUUUCUUUCUCUGUGCUUCUUCUUCUUCUUUGGAAAGAGAUUUUUUUUUUGACUGUUUCUUCUUGAUUCCUUUCCCUCUCAUGUUUCCUGCGAUGCUCUUUAAGUUCAGGGCAUUAUUAUUCCACAGUCUGGUGGCUCAUAGAACUGACUCCUUUCAGCCUUAGUAGAGACCCUAGGCCUCAGUGCCCCCCCCCCCCCCCUCCCCCCCGAAGGCUUUGGUUUCACCUGUGGGACAUUUGAUGUGUGUGAGGGUUUUAUUGCAGAAAUACGACUUUACAUUUGUAGCUUGUAUAGAUGUAAUUAUUAUUUAUGAUUAAUAUAAUUAUUCCUAUUGAUGUUAUCGAUGCUUGCUAAAAAAAAUUGACACGUGGUUCUCCUGUUCCUCAUGGCAAUGCUACAUUUAAAAUAAUAAUAAUAAUAAAUUAUUCUUUGAACAAAACAAAAAAAAUUAGAGGGGUAUACAUUUUCUACAAAACAAAAAGCAAAACAUAUAUCUGACAUGUUUUUUGAAGGGACUGUGAUAACUGUUUUCCACAUUUAGCCUUUUCUUUCCCCUCCGCUGGCACGGGUCCAGUAUUCUUGUGUAUUGUGUCCACUUUGAUAGCGUAGGCACCGAGGGAGGCCAGCCCACUCAGCGGCAGCCUCCUUGACAGCGCAGCCUUUCCUGUAACCAAGCAACAUGGCCAUUUCACACUGGGCCAGGCCAGUUUUUGCACAAAAAAAAAAGAUGGAUGCUUUCCCACAGAGAGAGACCAUUCUUUCCUAUUCUAAAAAAGCACACUGUCACAGUCAGCCGCACGCGUGCUCACACAAACAUACACACACACGUGUGCGCGCGCGCACAAACUCACACACACUCACUCAAGUCCAAUAACGACCCUCCAUCCCCCAAGACAACAGAGUGUGUUGUUGUUGUCGCUCUUUCCACCUGCUGGUAGGAAAACACCUCCCUUAAUGGACUGAAUUCUGUUUUAUUGGUCUGAAUGGUGGUGUAAACACAACAGACGUCUUUAAAUAUAACAAAAAAUAUUAUUAUUAUUAUUGUUAUUAUUAUUAUUAUUACUUUACUGAUUUAGUACAAAUUCAAUUUGAAGUGUAGACCCCUUUUGUGGUUGUUGUUUCAUUGUAAAUAAGUUGGGUUUUUUUUAAACAGUUUUAUGUGUAUUCAUAAUCUUAAAGAUUUCAUCGUCUUCACACUAAGCUAUAAAAGUGUACAGUUUAUUACUGUUGAAACAACAAGUUUAUUUUGUUGUGGAUAUCAUGGAUGAAACAAAACUAAUGACAAAGCAGAGGGAGCAACAGAGAGAGGGGGAGAAAGAGAGAGAGAGAGAGAGAGAGAGAGAGAGAGAGAGAGAGAGAGAGAGAGAGAGUGUGUGUAUGUGUGUGUGUGUGUCUGACAGAGGGUAACACAAUUUGUUUCUACGAGGAGAAUGGGUACUUGAACACAGAUGUCCAUAGUUCAGUCCUCUUCAUGAUGGCAUUUGUAGACAGCAGAAUCCAGUCCUCUUUAUUUAAACCCUAAUGUGUUCUUCUCUGUACAUUUUCCCUAACAUUUUUUUAUUUUUAAGUGUAGAAGCCUCAUCAGUAAGUUGUCAAAAUGUCCUGGCAAAUAGUAAUUCACCUUUCUCCUCCCUCAUUUGUCUCGCUUACACAAGUAAGGUUGGCUUUUUUGGAGGGCAAGGACUGGACAUGUGAUCUCUCUCUUUCACUCUCCCCCCACCCCCCUCUCUUGGACACACACACGCACACACACUUACACACACACACUGUCUAAAGCAGCAGUGCUGUUUGCAUUUGUAAAAUACAGCUGAUGAAUUGAAAUGCAGGACCUGCAAUUAUUGUCAGCACAAUGCCUUAAAAAACCUGCUGACUUGUAGAUUAAUGGGCACAAAGCAGGGUGAGGCCCCGUCAUUAUGCUCCAAGCACUGGCAGGGUCUGCAGGCACUGGACAAUGCAGACAAUGGUAGGAACAAAGUGCCAACGUUUUCACUAUGCAUUGUACUAAAAGAGAGAAGUGAAGUUAGAACGCACGUUGAAAAAAGGAAAAGAAAAAGAAACAGACAGGCAUAGGUCUUCUCAACCAACAGCCCUCCCCUCCCCUCCCCUCCCCUUCCCUCACUGUUGUUGACACUCAACUGCUUUUGUGAUGCUAGCUUUCAACAAAAUACUUAUGAAGGCUCACCCUGGAAAACACUUCUAAAUGGAAUACCAACAGGAGCUUGAACACUCGCAUUAAAAAUGAUUAUACCUCUCGCGCAAAUAUGUAAUCAGACAACUGCACCUGUGUUAGUACAUUUGAGUCACUUCCUUUUAUUGUAAUGCUCAGUGACACUGUUGACCUAGAGCCUAGAGACGGUCAAAGCAGCAUCCAUUUUAGAUAUUGAAAUCGGCACAGAGGCUUAGCUUAGCAUUAUCGUGGUGAUGAGAGGAAACACUGUGUAGUGGAAAGAGCUGAGAGAAACUACUACAUUUUAAAAGCUUUGUUCAGAAAUUUCACACUAAACUAAAGCAGGCUACCCCUGGAAGAACACUCAAAUAAUACCUAAGCAGUCUGUAGUUGGGUCUGAGCAGCUUCAAAGUAUAAUUUAAUGUGUGUGUGUGUGUGUGUGUGUGUGUGUGUGUGUGUGUGUGUGUGUGUGUGUGUGUGUGUGUGCGUGUGUGCGUGUGUGUCUAACGGGAGAUAGAUUUAACUAACAAGCUGUCUGUGCCUCGAAUCAUAAACACCAGCAAAUUGUUUUUUAGGAGAUAGCACCAAAUUAAAUCAGAUCGUUUCAGCACAUACUCCCAAUGAUCUUGCUCAUCGCGUCAUUGAUGUCUCCUUUGAUAAAAAGGCUUAAUUCUCUUCAGUAGAACUACGUAAUCAUUAUCCGCAAUAAGAACGAUCAGUGUCAUCAUUGCAUUUCUAAAUGGUGACAGCUAUGCAUUAACUGUGAGUUUUUAAAACUGAUAUUCAUGUCAUUCAGUAUCACAGUGGAGAAUAAAGUCUUUUAAAGAGAGGAAAGGCAUUUUUAGAACACAUUUUUGUGUGCUGAAACAUUUUCCUUGAACUUUCAAGGUUGAUAUUUGCAGUAGGGUCUGAUAUUUAAUACAUGAUAGUUUUCUCAUAUUAUGAAAGGUAGCACAGAAGCAAUAUUAUGUGAGAGUGUGUGUGUGUGUGUUUGUGUGUGAAAGAGAGACAGAAAGAGAGAGAAUGCAGUUUUUCUGUAUCCGAGAAAAAAACAACUCAUCCCUUUCAUAGAUGUCAUAUUUUAUACCCUUUACUUGAUUUUUCUCACUGUUGUACAGUUUAGAUUUUAUUUGCAUUUUUAUUGUGUUGAAUCAACAGAAUAUAAGUACGUGAUGUGGAAUAGAACUCUGUUGUCAUUAUUCCUGUAGUCUCUUCCUGAGAGUAUUAGGACAUCUAUACAUAGAAGGUUAGAAUUCAACCUGGCGGUUCAGCCACUAUUUUCCCUCAAGAGCUCAGUAGCAUUUGCCUAAUUCAAAUCUGUCCUUAAACCAGGCAGAGAUGGUUGAGUACCGAAAGUGUCAAAAUUAUAUUUACAACAACAGUCCAACUUCACACUUGUGAUUUGAAAGGUCCUGCAUCCACUCUUUGACUUUAGUCUUUUUGGCCCCUUGUGACUUUAUUUCGGAGAGGAAAUGUGUCCGCUUGCUUUGUUCCCUUUUGGGUUGGAUUGACGUGCUGUGUGUGAAUCCAGGGCAUCUCAUGUGUUUUAGUUUUACAGUCAAAGGCACAGUCAGAGCUGAGCUUUUAUUCCAUACAAACCCCCUUGUGAUGUUUCUUCUUUGAUUUGAGAGGGGGAAGGCCAACUUUUAUUUGAGUAAUCUUGAAUCUUUCUGUAUUGUAUAAUGUUAUUACUUUUUUUGAUUGAAGUGUUACCCUCUGUACUGCAACCCAUCAUUUUUGGAAGUUUUCUCAAAAAGAAACUCUACACUCUACACGCUGAUUUAAAGACAAAAGAAAAACAAGCAAAUGUUUCGAUGUAAACAUUUCACUGUGACACUGUUAGGAUUUUAAAUACUCUCAGCUCUCUUAUAUUUGCAAUUUCCAGGGUGAAAUGGCUGUUCUCUGUUUAGAUGGAAGAAUUAUAUUGUGGUCACACUGUCACAGCGUAUACUGUGAAGCUCUCGUGGGUUUAAACUUCCAACCUGUGGAAAAGUCAAUACCCAGUGGAAGGAGUGUCUUUUUCUGCUAAAGAGAUGUAAUAGUGAUUGCACUAUCAUCUCUUUAACUGUUUUAACAGUUCUGGCCAACUCCUGUGGGAGUGGCUGAUAUGUUCCAUAACAAAGGGACAGUUAGUUAUACUAGUAUGGGGGAAAAAAUGUGUAAAUUUUUUUUUUUUCCCUUUCGUUUGAGGGCGGGGGUGAGGGGCGGGGGAUUACAUGUAUAUGGAUACGUGUUUCUCAAUUUUUCCACUCUUUGUAAAUGUUGAGCUAUAUUCAUACAGGGUUGUGUCCCUUAGAGCGUUUUUAAACCUAACUCACCCUGGUUGGGAUGUGUGUAAAUAGAACCCAAGAGUGAAAAACUACUGCCUUUCUUCUCCCAUUAGCAAUAUGAUGUAAAUAGCAUUGUUACGCUUUUUUGUAUUAAAGAAUUGUUUGAUUCUAGUAAAGUAAUUCCAGCUGACGUUUCAUGACACAGUCUCUUUGAUGCAUAUAUAAGAAAAAAAAGACAUUAAUUAUUUGAUCUGUACACAUACAUAGGUAACAAGUUGCAUUGUGGAUUUUUGUUGUCAAUUCGUCUUGCAGAAUUUUCAUAAUUUAUUGGUUUAAUUUAUCCUAAUUUAUUUGGUGAAGAUGUACAAUUUUGUUCUUACAAAGGACAUACUGUAAUAUUAUUUGGUAGAAUCAAACACUACGAUGCUCUACUCUGUAGAGGCAAAAAAAAAAAAAAAAAAACACAGCACUGGAAAUGUGAGAAGCCAAUGGAAUACCAUGACCUGCUGUUCAAGAGGAAACUUGACAUCUGUGGAAAAAAUUAUUAAGUAUGUUAAAAAAAAAAAAAAAAACGUUUUCUUCUGUUUUGUUUGGAAGGUAAAAAUGAGUUUCUUUUGUGUGUUUGAGUUUUUUUUUUCUUUUUCAAGUUCUUCAAUCAAUCUUUACCUAUUGCUUUGUACCACCCACACAAUACAGUAGUUGAAUUGCCUGGUGUGCCUUCCAUCUUCUAUGAACUGAAUGUAUGUGCAGUACAUAUGCAAGCUUGUGCAAAAUAAAAACAAAGUCCAA